AUGGAGAAUCUGAAUCGCCUUAUUAGCCAAAUUGUGUCCUCCAUUACUGCCUCUCUCCGUUUUGAUGGUGCCCUGAAUGUUGAUCUGACAGAAUUCCAGACCAACCUGGUGCCCUAUCUCCAUAUCCAUUUCCCUCUGGUCACAUAUGCUCCAGUCAUCUCUGCUGAGAAAGCUUACCAUGAGCAGCUGACUGUAGCAGAGAUCACCAAUGCUUCUUUUGAGCCUGCCAACCAGAUGGUGAAAUGUGACCCUCGCCAUGGUAAAUACAUGGCUUGCUGCCUGCUCUACCGUGGUGAUGUGGUUCCCAAAGAUGUCAAUGCUGCUGUUGCCACCAUCAAGACAAAACGUAGCAUCCAGUUUGUGGAUUGGUGCCCAACUGGCUUCAAGGUUGGCAUCAAUUACCAGCCUCCCACUGUGGUUCCUGGUGGUGACCUGGCCAAGGUACAGCGGGCUGUGUGCACGUUGAGCAACACUACAGCCGUUGCUGAGGCCUGGGCUGGCCUAGACCACAAAUUUGAUCUGAUGUAUGCCAAGCGUGCCUUUGUCCAUUGGUAUGUGGGGGAGGGCAUGGAGGAAGGAGAGUUCUCUGAGGCAUGGGAGGAUACGGCUGCCCUGGAGAAAGAUUAUGAGGAGGUUGGAGCAGAUAAUGCUGAUGGGGAAGAUGAAGGCGAGGAAUAUUGAUGUGUAUGUUAUCUUUUUCUUUAUACUAGGUCU